UCCGCAGCCGCCGGCGAGCGCGCGGAGAGCCCGGUGCGCGAGCCUGGAGCGCGGUUCGAGGUGGGCAGCGCCGCCUUCCGCUGCACGCCACCCCGCCGCUCAUCCCGGUCGGCGGCCAGAGUACCGGGCUCGCGCUCGCCCCACUCCCGCAGCCAACGGUGCGCCCAGCGGCCAUGACCGCCGAGGAGAUGAAGGUGGCGGAGAACGGGGCGCAAUCGGCGCCCCUGCCUCUCGAAGGAGUGGACAUCAGCCCCAAGCAGGACGAGGGCGUGCUCAAGGUCAUCAAGAGAGAGGGUACAGGCACAGAGACAGCCAUGAUUGGGGACCGAGUCUUUGUCCACUACACUGGCUGGCUGCUAGAUGGCACAAAGUUUGACUCCAGUUUGGACCGCAAGGACAAAUUCUCCUUUGACCUGGGAAAAGGGGAGGUCAUCAAGGCUUGGGAUAUUGCUGUGGCAACCAUGAAAGUGGGGGAAGUGUGCCACAUCACCUGCAAGCCAGAAUACGCCUACGGUUCAGCAGGCAGCCCUCCAAAGAUUCCCCCAAAUGCCACACUUGUAUUUGAGGUGGAGCUGUUUGAGUUCAAAGGAGAAGAUCUUACAGAAGAUGAAGAUGGUGGGAUCAUCCGCAGAAUACGGACUCGGGGGGAAGGCUAUGCCAGGCCCAAUGAUGGCGCUAUGGUAGAAGUGGCACUAGAAGGCUACUAUACUGACCGGCUGUUUGACCAGCGGGAGCUCUGCUUUGAAGUCGGGGAAGGGGAAAGCCUGGAUCUGCCCUGUGGGCUGGAGGAGGCCAUUCAGCGCAUGGAGAAAGGAGAACAUUCCAUUGUGUACCUCAAACCUAGCUAUGCUUUUGGCAGUGUUGGGAAGGAAAGGUUCCAGAUCCCACCACAUGCUGAGCUGAGGUAUGAAGUACAUCUGAAGAGUUUUGAGAAGGCCAAGGCAUCUUGGGAGAUGAACUCUGAGGAGAAGCUGGAGCAGAGCAACAUAGUGAAAGAAAGGGGCACCGUAUACUUCAAGGAAGGCAAGUACAAGCAAGCCUUACUGCAGUACAAGAAGAUUGUGUCUUGGCUAGAAUACGAGUCUAGUUUUUCCGGUGAGGAAAUGCAAAAGGUCCAUGCGCUCCGACUGGCCUCACAUCUCAAUCUGGCCAUGUGUCACCUGAAACUGCAGGCCUUCUCAGCUGCCAUCGAAAGCUGUAACAAGGCCUUGGAGCUGGACAGCAACAAUGAGAAGGGCCUGUUUCGCCGGGGAGAGGCACACCUGGCCGUGAAUGACUUUGACCUGGCACGAGCUGACUUCCAAAAGGUCCUGCAGCUCUAUCCCAGCAACAAAGCCGCCAAGACCCAGCUGGCUGUGUGCCAGCAGCGGACCCGCAGGCAGCUUGCCCGGGAAAAGAAGCUCUAUGCCAACAUGUUUGAGAGGCUGGCUGAGGAGGAACAUAAGGCCAAGACGGAAGUGGCUGCAGGAGACCAUCCCACUGAUGCUGAGAUGAAGGGUGAGCCGAACAAUGUGGCAGGCAACCAGGCUCAGGUGAAGACAGAAGCAUAGCCUGCCUCUCCGCCUACCCACCCCUGCGGCUGCCUCCCUGCUCCCUUCCCUACUCCACCCUGUUAGUUUUGUAAAAACUGAAGAAUUUUGAGUGAAUUAGACCUUUAUUUUUCUAUCUGUUUGGAUGAUGGCUUUGGGGAAGAAGGGAGAAGAGCAGGCUGAGGGUGAAAUGGGGGGUAGUUUUAGAUGGUGUCAACUCCUCUUUCCUUCCCCGUUAUACAUGAGUGUAUAUCCUUCCACACAUACAUCAGAAUGUUAAUUUAUUUUGCUCCCUCUGUUUGCUCCAUUUUCAAGUGGUUGAAGGGGCUGUGUGAUAGGGAUGGGGUCUGAUAAGCCAGGGUGGAGAAGACUCCUGGGCAGCCAUUUUCCCCAUCCCUUCCCUCUGUGGUUGUUUUCCAAGCCUGCGGUCUCCAUGAAGGUGCUAGGGGCAUGGGAAAACCACUGUUGUGUCCAUUACCUCUCUUGCCUUGCUCUCCUGAGAUGGUAUUCCCGAUAACAUCCCCCGGUAUCACAGUGAUCACCUAUAGACAGCUCCUACCAGUACUUCCCCUUUCCUCCCCUCCUCUCAGUUUCCUCAUCCAGGUCAUCCCUGUCCCCAUCCCCUCAGCCUCUUUAAUGCACGCUGAAGGUCCAGGCACACCUCAAGUCCUGUGCUUGAGCAAUAAAGUGGAAACAACAAAA